UCUCACCGGAAGCUCCGCCUUCCUCUUCCGUGUCGGACCUCAACCAUAUUGGGUAGCCUGCCCGCUAACGUCCAAAACAGCCGGUUGGUACUAUUCAAGGGCGUCACUUUGGCUAAAUAAUUUCUCAAUCGACUUUUAACAACACACACACACAAAAUAAAGUAAUAUUUAAAAAUCGUUCGGGAUCGUUGUCAUCGGCUCGGAACGGAUUCCCGUUUGAGUACUUUUGCGCCCACCGCUAACGGCCACCCUGUCAGCGUUCGCUUUAAAGGAAUUCAUCAGUCCAGUUUCAUCGAUUUCAAUGGCAGAUACAUACAGCUAUAUGUAAACCUCAUGAGCUGUAACAGCUGACAAAGAUUUUUCCAUAUUUAAUGGAUUUGCAAUUGGACAAAUAAGUAUGGGCCCAAGCUGAGCUGGAUUUUUGGCUAAAACUUGGACCAAAGCUAUGGAGAAGUUUGGGAUGACCUUUGGGGGUGGCCCCAGUAAGAAAGAGCUUUUGGACACAAUCGAAACCCAGAAGCACCAACUGAUACAGUACCAAACCCGUUUCAAAGAUGUAGUCAGAGCGUAUAAGAGUCUGUUAAAAGAGAAGGAGGCUCUCGAGGCCAGUUUGAAGGUGUUGACUGUUUCUCAGGAGGUUGAUUUCAGCCAGCGUGGCGAUGAUGGCUCCCUCAGUGGGGUUGGGGAUGCCUCUGCAAUCUCGGACUUGCCAGAUGACCACUGUUCUCUGCACAGCGAGGACAGUCUAGACACAGCAGCCUCAGCAGACACUGCCACCAGCGUAACCAGUGGAAGCACCAGAGGUGAACAGGUAGAGGAGGAGAACGGAGCCCACCCAGGUGAGGUGGGCAUGUCUGGCCCCUCACUAGCCCACAGGUCUGAGGCAGAGGCCAGCGGCUCAGAGAGCGGCAUCAGCUCCAGCAGUAGUGGAGGGCCAGACCAGCAGCAGCAAAUAACCUCAGCCGCCACCACUACCAACACCACAACCACUGUGGAGACAAACAAGCGAGUUCUCCAACUGAAAAACCAGCUCACCACCCUCACCAGCUCCCUCGCGACGGUCACUCAGGAAAAGUCCAGAAUGGAGGCGAGCUUCCAGGCCGACAAAAGAAUCAUGAAGCAGGAGCUGGAGGAGCUGCAGGGGAAGCUGGAGGAAAGCAGGAGGCAGCAGGAUGUGGAGAUGCAGACCCUGCAGGAGCAGCUGGCCGAGAGCAAGGCCCGCGUCAUCACCCAGCAGCACGAGAGAGAGCAGGAGCAGAGUGAUCACGCCCUGAUGCUCCGCGAGCUCCAGAAGCUCCUCCAGGAGGAGAGAGACCUGAGGCAGGACGCGGAGCUCCGCUUAGAGGAUGCAAGGGCAGCUCUGCUGCAGAGCACCCAGGCGGUAGACCGGGGUUUGGAGCAUGAGGCGCGACUCAAGGAGGUGACUGAGCAGCGGGAGGAGUUGAGGAGGAGCCUGCUGGCAGUGCAGAUGGAGAAGAGUAAGCCGGAUCCCCGCACGGAGGAGCUGCAGCAGGAGCUGGCAGAGCUGAAGAUUCACUACCAGCAGCAGUUACAGUGUGAGAUCAAAAAGGCAACGCAGGCGGAGGAGCAUGCACGCGAUCAAGCCCAGGCCGAGGAAAGUCGAGUGGCCAGUUUGGAGGAACGUGUAUCCGAACUAUCCGAGUUGCUGGGGGCGUGCGAGAAAGCCCGGCAGAGGGACCAGCAGGCUGCACACAGGCUGAAGGAGCGCAUCUUGCAGCUGGACACAGAAAACAAAACCCUGGCAAUUGCUGCUGCCAGCAGGGUCUCCACUGACCUGAACAUGGACGAGGCCAACCUGGAUGUCAACGUGUUGAAAGAAAAGCUGGAGAAGGUCAAACGGCUGCUGCUGUUGGCCUCCCAGAGGAACCCCGAGCAGAUGCUGGAGAUAGAGAAGCUGGCUGACAUGAAGGAUGAACUAGGAACUGGAAUAGGUGGAACAGAGAUCUCUGACGGCGAGAAGGCAUCAGCCCUUUACUACCAGCAGGAACUGCGGCAGCUGAAGGAGGAGUUUGAGCGCUACAAGGUGCGGGCACAGGUGGUGCUAAAGAAUAAGAACACCAAAGAUGGUUGCCAGGCCAAGGAGCUGGAGGAGACCCGCGACCAGCUGGUCGAGUUGAAGGAAAAGUAUAUCAACCUACGCAUCCAUAGUGACGAGGCCGAGGCCAAACACAGGCAGCAGCUGGAAGAGCGUCAGCAGCAGCUGCUCGUCACACAGCAGAGCCACAAACAGGAUCUGGAGCGAGCCGAGGCCCAGCACAGGGAGAGCCUGCUAAAGCUGGAGGGGGAGAUUCACAAGCAAAGGGAUCGCACCAUGGCCCUGCUGGCGGAGAAGGACAAAGAACUGGAGAAGCUGCGUUCGACAGCUAUCACUUAUGGCCACCGAGGCCACAGCAGCAGCGAUGAGGCUGACAGAGUUGCAGACUCCAGAGCUACAGCAGAUGGGGGCAGCAGCAACAGUGACGAGGCCAGCGUGGAUGACCUCGCCCAGGACGAGAGCGGCAUCAUUGCCCAAGCCCUGAGGCUGGUGGGGCCCAAUGAACCCACCUUGCUUUUGUAUGCCGAGCAGCUGGCCAGGAAGGAGGUGGAGAUUGGCUCACUUCGCAGGCAGAAGCGGCGCCUGGAGGAGGACCUGCAUCAGCUGCAGGGGAAGCUCAUUGCCAAUGGGGAGAGGCAUGACGAGGAGGUGGCUGAGCUGAGGGUCCAGCUGGACAAACUACUGAGAGACCAGGGCAGGGAGGGGGCCAACCUGGAGUACCUCAAAAAUGUCAUCUACAAGUUUCUCACCCUGCAGGACAGCAGGGGGCGCCAGCAGACUCUCACUGCCAUCCUGACCAUCCUUCACUUCAGUCCCCAGGAGAAGCAGGCUGUAUUUAAACUGCAGGGGCAGACAUGGUGGCAGGCAGGGUUGAGAUAAUACUGAGGAGAACUAAAUGUCUACAUCCUCAUUAACAACCAAGGCUGGCCUAAUCACCCCACAGAUGGUCAACAAGUGUUUGCCUCACUGACGUGUAUUUAUUCAGGUGUGGUGCUAAGACGAGCAACUUCAGAAUCAAGUUAUCGACUCCGAUGUUCUUUAAACCUUUGCUUCCCAACUUACUCUGUUCCCUUUACGAACUGGUACAGUUUAACCAUUAUACUUGUUUCGAUGAUGACACUAUUAUAGUUUUACAUUCCCUUGUAAUUAAACUUUUCAUUCCAUAAAUGCACUUCGUCUAUAUUAACUUUAUAUUCAAACCAUUGCCACAUCUGAAAAUCUCUAUUUUUGAGUGAUCAAAAUGAACUUAUCUGAUUGGCAUAUGUAGCUUUAACGCUUGCUCCCGUCAAAUGUGUGUAUGAUAUAUCUUAAGACUACACUGUGGGUAUGUUUCUGAUGCAGUCUUUUGGAAGAUAACUUGUUAUGCAGUUCUCCAUAUCAUUAAUAUGUAUAUUUUUGAUUCCCUGGCUGAAAUAAAACUAUUUUUUUCCUUGUUAAUUCACUCAGUGGGCCAAU